AUGGCUGAAGUGACCGACAAUGUCCCUGCUUCCCAGUCAGCAGCAGAGGGCCUCCGUCAACGAAAUGCUCCCAUACGCGCCACCACCUCGGAGGAGGCUAGACAGACUGUCCUAGACAUGAACGCUGCCGAAGAGAAUUCUGACAAACUGGAGAAGGACCGAAAGACGUUCGGCCGGACCCCAGAUGGCACCGUCUUCACUGUGCCAUUUACACAUGACAUGGUCUCGCAAUUGCUGUCGCCCUCGGAGCCUAAAAACUUCGGCGACAUCCUAGUCUUGCUCAUUCUCGCACUACAUAUUCUGCUAGCGUGGGCCUUGCCUUCAGGCUACCGAGAACCAACAAUUGCAGCCAUCUUCCUUAUAUGGAGGGCAGGUUACAACAUUGGCAUUGGCUACCUUCUGCACAUGCAAUCUCAUCAUAAGAUGCUUGUGAGGUGGGCACGCAGGCUCAAGCUGUUUCCCAGUGCUUCCGGUGGCCAGAAUCCGCAUCCCAGAGUGCGUGCAUUUGUCAAGCGCGAGCUCGAGACCAAAAUCCCCAAGGAUUACGACUUCGAUACCGCACCCAUUGAGUACAAUACUUGGCUAGUAUUCCGACGUAUAGUCGACCUCAUUUUGAUGUGUGACUUUACCUCCUACAUGCUCUUUGCCAUAUCAUGUGGCCACCGACCCGUUGGGGAAUCCAUAUUCAUGACCGCUUUCCGCUGGAUCGUUGGCAUUUCUCUCUUUGCCUUCAACCUCUGGGUCAAGCUGGACGCACAUCGAGUUGUCAAAGACUUUGCCUGGUAUUGGGGCGACUUCUUCUACCUCAUCGACCAAGAGUUGACCUUUGAUGGAGUUUUCGAGAUGGCACCCCAUCCUAUGUAUUCGAUAGGUUAUGUCGGCUAUUAUGGCAUCUCCCUGAUGGCCGCCAGUUACCAAGUACUCUUCAUCUCAAUCAUCGCCCAUGCUGCUCAGUUCGCAUUUUUGGUGCUGGUCGAAAGUCCGCAUAUCGAACGUACCUACAGCUCUCCGCCCCCACGAAGAUCAAUCAACGAACUGCCGCUCGCAGCACAUGCCGAAAAGGCCCUGUCUGAGCCAACAACUACCACUGAUAUUUGGCCGCACCCUGCCCACGCGCAACCUUCCCAAACGCACAAUCUUCUGGGCCUCAAUAACAUCGACUUUUAUCGAACGACCGACUGGGCUGUUUUCGUCUUACAGAUCUACAUAUUUGCGUUGACCGUACUGACGCCGAACACAAGCUUCUAUCAAGCGUUUUUCGUGAUCAACGCCCUCUUUUGGCGACUCUGGUUUUCGGCUGGUAUCGGCUACAUGCUUAAUCGGCAAUCGGCCAAGAAGAAGUGGACCAGACAUUUCUUGAAGUAUGGCGAGAGCAUUGGAGAAGCUUGGAGGCAAUGGAAAGGCGUAUAUCAUAUCAGCAUGAUCCUCUGCUAUGCUUGGUUUGCAGCCGCAGCCUGGAAAAUGUACACCCUGCCGGCCGACUGGAACUACGGCCUUGCUCUUCUGAGGCACGUCCUAGGGUUCGGACUCAUUGCUCUUCAAGUAUGGGUUUCCUUCAGCAUCUAUGACCAGCUAGGCGAAUUCGGGUGGUUCUUUGGAGACUUCUUCUUCGACCAUUCUCCAAAGCUGACAUAUGGUGGGAUCUACCGUUUCCUGAACAAUCCGGAGCGUGUUCUUGGGUUGGCCGGGGUCUGGGGCGUGGCACUGAUCACCAGCAGCAGAGCAAUGUUUUGCCUUGCACUACUGAGCCAUACCUUGAGUCUAGCGUUUAUUCAGCUUGUCGAGCGCCCACAUAUGCAGAAGCUCUAUGGCCGAAGUCUAAGACAAGAUGCCGGCUUGGUGCGAAGCUUACGCCGAUCACUCCCACCCCCACUACGACAAUGGCAAGAUGAGAUGGACAAGAUAUUGAGCGAUUCAUUCGACUAUCUCGAAGAUUUCUUCGAUGCCGUGAGUCCGAAAUUGGCGGCUAGCGUGAACAGCAUCGUUAAGGACACCAAGAACCUCAUUCCAAAAACCCCGGCUCGCAUGUCAUUUUCCACAUCUGAACCUGAGCUGGCUCGCCUGAACCCGAAGGAUUACCGACUUGAAAUUGAAGGGACGCGGGCAGCUGAUUCGCAACGCUCAAAGGAGAGAGAAUCUGAUGCAGGAAGGAAACCAGCUGAAGGGACGACUGAUCACAAAGCUCUUAUAUUUGAGUAUGGUGCUCCAAUCAAAGUCAAGUGGACUGCGCCUGUCAAUCACGGAAAGCAAGACUGGGUUGGUCUAUACAUGGUAACCGAUAAUGCGCAUCGCGAUGUGACCAAGCUGUCAUCAGCAGGACGCUGGAUUGCCACCAACCCGGGUGAGUUCAAUCUCCUGGGUUCUGAAGUUGGCCUCAUCUCGAGCGAUGUGAAGACGACUACCAAGGAUGAGAAUGGCGAUGAGAAAGAAUGCGUGACUGGCGAGAUGGUCUUCUCUGGCGACAAACUGUUCUGGACGCAAGGCACCUUCGAAUUCAGGUACCAUCAUAACGGCAAACACAACGUGAUGGCUAUAUCCCUGCCCUUCGAGAUCCGCAUUCCGCGUUUCAGUGAGGACGAGCUAGAGGGUCCUGAGGGCGACAUUGUGGGUACCGCAUCGGCACAGAACGACACGAUGAUCCGCCACUCGAUCGAAAAAACACUGCUACCUGUCGUGCAAAAUUGUUUCGACCGUGAUCCAGAAAUUGCACCAAGCACACCUUCAGAGGCGUUCGGAAGUCUGGUCGAACGGGAUGGAAAAUAUGCUAAGCGCGUUGUGUAUGCCAUCCAUCAAAUGUUUGGAAUCGAGUUUGCGCCGCAGGUGGUCAAGGCAGAUGGCAAAGUUGAGAACCUGGCAUGGCGGAUAUUGGAAGCGAAGAAAGUACUGGCUCCGUUUAGUAUGUCGAGGUCAAGAGGAACGAGCACGCCGGUCGAGGAGAACACAUAG